GGAGGGAUGAGUAAAUACAGUAGAGUGGGAAGCAGUCAGGCUUGGCAUCCACAAGGCAGCUGUGAGUAUAUCAGCAAACAGCCUUUCAGUCUCCUACUAGUGGGCACAGUUGGAUAAAGGAUCAGUUCUUGGAAUCUACAAACUGACGUGUAUUUUAAAAAGACGUGGGCAGUGAUUUCCAUUUCCCCAUGUGCUUCCGUGCAAAUGUCCACAGGAGGAGUAGCUGAUAGCUGCUAUAACGUGUGUGUACUGUAGUGGAGGUCUCCGUAAAGCCUGCUCUAGGCUAGGAGUCAUUCAAGCCCGCAUCAGGAACGUAUCACCUUCGGAGCCACCAGCGCCCGGCUGGAGAGCAUCGGAUGAUCUGCAGACAAAUCAGCUUGUUCUGCCACACCAGCUGGGUCCUAGCCUGACCCAGAUCACACGCCCAGGCUACAGUUUGUACGCUGGUGGUGCUAGCUCUGCCUGCUCGGGCCAGCCUGGUGCCAGGCUGCAGUCUCCCAGUGAUUUGUGGAGUGGCAUGUGUGCUGCACAUGUCAGCUGGUGAGGUUACCACUGGGGCCACAUCAGUCAAGCCCAGUUAUGCUGUGAUGUGUAAGGAAGGGAGUGGGCUGUAUAUAGGACUGGACUGAACUGUUUUCAACUGCAACACGUGUGGCCAUGCCUUCCUUAUGUCAUGUCCCAGGACUCCUUCUACUACCCAUGCACUGAGCAAAAGGAUUGACUUCUGACUGUCAUUUAAAUGAGAUUUUAAAAUUUGGACUUUUGAUUGAAAUGCUAUCUCUAUGUUUUGAUGUGUAGUAGAGAUAUCUGACAGUGAUAUCCCAAGGCUUAGUGCAGAAGGAAGAGGCAGUGCCAAUGUGGCGGUGAUAUCGUGCCGACGGAUUUAACAAGACGACGCCUCGAACCGAGUUUCCGAGGGAAUAAUUUCAGCUUCGGGAGGAGAGAACAGUCUCCUUUUUUUCUUUUUUUAACAUCUGAGCAGAAUUUUCUAUUUUUGGCCCUUUAUGGGAAAAAUGCAGAAGACAAGUCCCGCGUCUGGAUCUUGCUCAACCUCGACGGAUGUACAGGAGGAUCGCAAGCCCAUCACUCUCAUGAAACUGAUGAAUUCCCACCCUCACCGCUACCAGGGCGUCUUCUCAUUCGAGUUCACCAACAAGUUUGAGCUGAAAAGCCAAUCAGAGCCCAGCAUGCCUGACUCUCCCGACUCGAACAGCAAGUCGCAGACGAGCACGUCCCCGGGAGCGAUGCCACUGUCGAACGCCCAGGCGCAGGGGAUACGGGCAGUCCCCGCUCCCCCAGUGAACGGGAUGCACUCCCCGAGCAGCGUGAACGGAGCGCCCUCCCCGCCCAACGGCGUGAGCACGUCCUCGUCGCAGCAGCAGCUCCCGCCGGCCUGCGGGGCGCGACAGCUCAGCAAGCUGAAGCGCUUCCUCACCACGCUGCAGCAGUUCGGCUCCGACAUAUCGCCGGAGAUCGGGGAGAGAGUGCGAGGACUGGUCAUGGGACUGGUGAAUUCCCAGCUGUCUAUUGAGGAGUUUCACCAGAAGUUGCAGGAGGCCACAAACUUCCCUCUCAGACCUUUUGUCAUCCCUUUCCUAAAGGCUAACCUACCACUUCUCCAGCGAGAACUUCUCCACUGUGCCCGCAUGGCCAAGCAGACGCCAGCGCAGUACCUCAGUCAGAACGAGCACAUCCUUCUCAACACAGACACCUCCCCCGUCGACUCCUCAGACAUCAUCAUGGAUGUCAACGAGAACGGCAAGAGAAGAACCCCCGACAGCCAUUCCUACAGACCAAAAGAGAACGGCGUGGAACCGAUGGACGACCCCCGCCACCCUGCCAAACGACACUGCACGGUCAGCCCUGGCCAGCACCGCGUUUCUCCGGGCACCAGCGCCCCCCACCCCACCCUGCAUGGGCACCACCCCCUCCCCCCGCCCCACCACCAGGGGGAGGGGUACAUGAGGGACAUGCCGCACCACCCCAGGGAGUCACGGGAUCAUCGGGACCCACGGGAUCCCCGGGACAUCAGAUCUGGAUCCGGAUCAGGCCAACAAUCCAACAGAGACCACGACAGGGAGCACUUUGAGGGACGUUACCCCGUGCACCCCCGCCUCCCGUACGACCCGAGAGAGUACGAGCGGGGCAGCCACCGGAUGUACGACUCGCACCAUCCCAACGGGUCGUGGGAGGACGAGUGGAAACAUGUGGAACAGAUGCUACACUGCGUGGCCGGGAUGGUGGACAAGACGUUGAGAGCCAUCGCGUCCUUGCGACAUCGAUCCGUCCAGGAACGGGAGGAGAUGCUGAUGUGGUCGCGGCGAUGUGCCGAGGGAGCGGACCACGAGAUGAAGAAACGUGCUGGCGAGAUGAUGGCGCACACCAUUCGUCAGACUGAGGACAGGGUCAGCGAGGUCAAAAGAAGAGCAGAAAUGUACCAAGCUCAAAUGGCCAGGACCUUUCCCUUCUACAAUAGACCUCGACCAGAAGAAGCUGUGAACGAGGUGAAACGCCAGGCUGUGAUCGAGCUCCAGAAGGCUGUGGCGGCGGCAGAACAGAAGGCAAGUGAGCUUGUGGCGGCCGAGCGGGCCAAGAUGGAACGUGCUGUGGCGGACGCUCGUCGUCAGGCACAGGACGAAGCCAACCAACAGCAGGAAAGCUCCAGUGAGAAUUGCUGGAACUGCGGCCGCAAGGCGAGCGAGACGUGCAGCGGGUGCAAUGUCGCCCGUUACUGCGGCUCCUUCUGCCAGCACAAGGACUGGGAGAACCACCACCGCAUCUGCGGGACACAGGCACUGCAGCAGCAAGCUGCAGCUGGUACCGACGCAGCCGCUGCAACCACUUCCGCUACCACUCCGCCAACUGUCGCUAGUCCCGUGGAGUCCGUCAAGUCCGUCACCACCACAACGUCGCGAUCAGGUUCUCCCGUGGAGAAAGCAGAGGCCCGCUAGGCCUGCUUAUGGAAGAACAUUCAAUGUUAUGUAUUCAUACAGAGAUAUAGGAUACUACUAAGGGACAGACUUCUACAUCUACACUCAACUGUUGUAGUAAAAAAAGAGAAAGUGUUCUAAUGAACAGACUUCUACUAGUAUUGCCAACCUCGUGUUAUAUUCAUGUAUAUCAGGGAUUGCUUGAGAUGUGUCCAUUUGAACUGCUAAGCUAUAGCCAGUGCAGGGUUUGACACAGGGUUUAGAAAUGGAAGCCUAAGUGCAAGUUGUCCUGUGCUGUAUGUGACCACGUUGUACAUUACAGUACCCCUGUGUCUGAAGACUGUUCUCCAAAGUAUCAUGAUAGCUGGUUAGUGCAUAGGUCGGCCAAAGCAGAAAAGGAGAUCUAACAGUGCAGACCACUCCAUGCGAUUUUUUUUCUUGGAGUUGGUUGUUUCAAGUAAAAAACAACCAGUUUUGAGCAGUCUCGUACACUUGUGAAGUUACUGAAAAUGUGUAUAGAUGGAGUUGAGUUUUCCCAAGAAGAGAAGAGAAAAGGCCAGUGGGUAAUGCCAGACAUCGUCACCAGCAAAGCUUGUUUGACGUCCUAUUUGGACCUUAUUCAUGCACAUUUUCAGGAAAAUUCCUUGGUCAGCAUGCAGAAUUUCUGUACUCUUGUCCAACCAAAAGAGAGCAGAGAAGAAAGAACUGAAGGCAGUGUGGGCUGAGAUGACUAAACCCUCCACUUGGUCCCAUUUCUGUUGUGUGUGGCAGUUGCACAGCUCACAUGACACAAGCUAGAGUUGUAGUAGCGAUGACAAUCCUUAGUUUCUCAUAAAAAAUUGCCAGCCACAUUCUAUCAAUGUCUGCCGUAUAUAGACAAGCAUUCUUCUCACAGGCUACAGUAUAUCUCACUGGCUAUAGUUUUCAACAGUCACCUGAUAUUUUAGAUAAAGAAGUCUUAAGAAGUCAUUGUCAAGUGCAGUAUCGAUUGUUGUGAUCUCAACAAUAUCAUGUCUUGAGAUAAAGAACUACUAGAAUAAGGUUGCUCUGCACAUACGAGUUCGUUUGUCUGUAAGUGUACCUUCAAAAGAGUAUGUUCACGGCACCACCUAGUUCAGAAUGCUUUGACAGAAUUUCUGUGGGAAUGCGCUAAAAGUACUGUGUUCUUCUCAUCUUGGCACCUUGUUUCAUAUGGCCUAUUUGUCACAGUACUUUUGACUUAAAACUUACCCGAUAAUAGUGUUAUUUUGGUGCUGUUAACCAUUCACUGGACCAAACUUUGUGGAAAGCACCCCCUGUAUAAAUGUAAACUGUGUAUUCUUAGGGCACAACAAGCUCAAACCUAGUGUUGAGCGAAGUACAUAAUACUUAUUUAUCCCACUGUAUGUACAUAUAUUACAACUAUUUUCUUUAUUUGUGUCUACUGCAGAAGAGUAAUAUAUAUUUAACAGUUUCUCCGGUGCUUGGAGGGUUAAGAUGGCAAUGUGUGAGGUUUAAUGAUUGUGGUCUCUGCAAUAACAUAAGAGUCGUUAGUUGAGUGUACCGCUAACACCAGUAUGUACUUAAUACUGACAUCAUUGGAAUCAAUGCUCAAGUGUAAUAUGUUUUAGGAUGAUGAAAUCUCCUUCUUUGUGAACAUGUAUUGUGUUCAGAUGUAUGUUGCAGUUGUCUAUGGUGUUACUUUGUCGACUGAGACAUAGGAAAUUAUUGUGACUAAUUCUUGCAGUUGCACGGCUAAAGGCGUUUCAGGAUGUACAGAUUUUACUGACUGAUUUUCACCCUUUAAAACUGAAUUCGAUGUCUCUGCAUCGUGCAAGAUGUACUGUAGUAGCAGACGUGGUACAGAUAAUUAUGGAAAAGUUCCACUGUUCCAGCACAAGUAGGAUAGGUUGGACCGACAAAGAAUUGAGCGGCCACCUGGUUCUGGUAGUGUAAUGAGACUUAUACAUGACCUUUGACUCAAGAGAGUUUGUGUCCACUGUGUAGAAGGGUCAGAGUUUAAAGGUUAUGACUUGCCAAGUGUGACACUAUGUUGAUAGUUUCUGCCAUUGGAUGUGAUACAUGUGCUCGUGAGUGCUUGUGGAAAGAGUUCUCCUGCUUCUGUCUAUAGAUAUCAUACUCUAUGGAUCUCUGUUGUUCUCUCUUCAUCACAGACUACAUACAAGGCUCUGUGUGAUUGAACCAAGUCCUGUCAAAGAUGUCGUACAAGUAGCUGUGCUAAUCAGGAACUGUUGAACUGUUGCCAGAUAUCCAUUGUUGAUACUAAAAAUUUUACAAAGAGCUGCCUUUAUAUGACAUAAUUCCCAGUGGAGUUAAAAAAAGUAGCAGACGUCGAUGUCGUCAGUUCUCGACUAGGGAGGAGGAAUGGUUUUGACGGGAACAAAAUUGAGUAGUAGAAAAAUCGCGAAACUUUGUUUAGUGUCGUAGAAGCUGUGCUAGUGGUAGUGUUGGUUGAUUACUGCUGGUCCAGUGGUUUACCAGAUCUUUCUACAGUGUAGGCAGCAAUACAGUAUGCAGACAAAAAAUGGUCUGUCCUAAAACAUUUCCUCACACAGAAUCACCAUUUAGUCAUUGGCGUGAGUACAUGUAGUGUGUAUUUCAUAUUACAUUUCCAUACAUACUCAAGACAGUGCUAGUUUGUGUUGGAGAUCUGAAAUCACACUUGUUUGAUAUCAAGAGAAACGUUUUUUCGCCUCGCUUACUGUUCCCUCCCAGUCACUUGACCAUAAAGGAGCAUUUCCAACUUUGUAUGUGUAUGUGUAUAAUAUAUAAUAGAAGUGAAGAGAAAACAUUGCCAAAUUUCUGUACAAUUGCACAAGCACAUAAGGUAAAAAGAGCCUGUGUAUCCGUAGUAGUUGGAGAUGUAGUCAUGAAGCUGUACAUGUAAAUGUCACGAUGUAUGUAAUUAUUGUUAUUUUUCAAUAAAACAGCAUGAAAGCAA